UGUGUUAAAGCGUAAGGCCUCAAAUGAAAGACUAGCAAAGUCAAUCAAUCAUUAAUGCGUUGCGUGUGGUUGACUUGACAACAAACUUGUGGAUCGAGACCGAGAUUUUCCCACCAGUACUGGGCUUCCAACCUGAUGAAACAUUGAUGAGAGGAGAUCGGACACAAUGGACGUCUUACCCCCUGUGUCUUCCAAUCCGCUGGCAGCCGACCCGACUCCCGUCAUGCACAUAUCACUGCCAGGGAAUGCUGAUUAUGGAGAUGGUGCACAUAACAAUGACAAUGGCCAGAACGGGGUAGAGGAUGAGAAAGAGGAGAGGGGAGGCUCGGGAUUCCAAAUAGGAGAUAUCCUGUUGUCGGGGAGAAGCCAGAGUGGAGGAGGAGGAGAGGGGGAUGGAGCGGUGAUGUUGGCUGACUGGCAUGCGUUCAGAGGGAGGGAUAUCGAGAGUGAUAAUACCAUGGAGUUCAACAGACAGGUGGAUCACGUCAAUAUCUGGCUGGACAAGUGGAAUCACAAUCAGCGCUGUCUAAUAUUAGAAGGAAUAUUGCAGCGUAGCAACUACACACAAUAUAACUUCCUAUGGACCACCCUUCAACCAGCCCUUCACAGAGACUUCAUGUACACUGCCAGACAGCAUUACCCUGAGUAUCACUUUGAGCCAAUCAGCAGUCAUACUAGCAGGGAGACCAGGACUAAGCGAGCCGUCAGGAACUAUUAUCACGCUCAUAGUGCACAUCUACAAAGGAAGACCGAUGUGAAGAGAUUAAACGUCCAGCACAUCCUUCCUGUCAUCAUGUCUGCUCCUUCUGAGGAACCUAAGGAAGUGUCAUUCAAGUCUGGCUGGGACAGACUCAGACCAACCAACAGCAUGCCACUUGUCAAGCUGCCCUCUGUCUCUCAUUCCAAAACCUUUGACCAUCCUCUCAGCAAAUCAGCUCCAGUCUCUCCGAUGAGGGAUGAUCAGCCAAUCAGAAGGCAUAUGCAGGACCAUGACGGCCAUUCCAUUCCAAGGAAGAGGGUGGCAAGAAAUGAGAGGAAACGGAGAGGCUACAAUCCUGUGGAUGAUGCGAACGUUCCUCUGUUGACCAAGGCACUGACCGAUGUCCAGCUGACCUGGAAUAGACCCACUAUGUCUGGUAACAGGGCUGAUAGGUUACCUCCCAUUGAACCCAUUCCUGUGGAAUCCUGGCAACUCUUUCAUUGGUAUGCAGAAUGCUGGAAUGAUGUCCAGAGAAACGAGUUUCUUCACAAACUCUUGAAGAAGUUGGAUCAGCGGCAGUUGUAUUUCCUAUCUACGCACUCUGCACUGAAACAGUCACGUGAUUUCAUCACCCUGCUUCCCUUACCGCUGGCGCUAAGAAUCAUGGGAUACCUGUCGCCAAGAUGGCUGCUGGUGGCAGCCCAAGUCUGUAAGAUGUGGAACCGUCGGGCCAGUCAUGACCAAAUAUGGAAGGACAAGUGUUCUCAGGUCGCCAUUGAAAUUCCUCUUCCGGAGACACCAUUUCAGUGGAAGAAGAUCUACAGAGAUAAUGUGUUUCUGAGGUUUAACUGGGAUGAGGGCAAGACCAAAAAUGUGGAUGUCAGAGGUCAUGCUUCCAAAGUGCAUUGUGUAACGUUUGAUGGUGAGUAUCGUAUUGCCAGUGGGAGCGCAGAUAAGACUGUCAAGGUGUGGGACAUCAGAACAGGUGCUUGCAUCCAGACACUCAAAGGACAUCAGAAGGGUGUAUGGUGUCUGCGCUUCUUCACCAAGCACCUCCUCAUCAGUGCGUCCUACGAUGCAACCAUUAAGGUGUGGAACCUGAGGAAGGGGGCGUGUGCUCGCACCCUCCUGGGUCACGAAGGAGCCGUCUGGUCCAUGGCGCUGAAGAAGAAUUACCUUGCCACAGCAUCACAAGACAGAACCGUCAAAUUAUGGGACCUGAGCACCUGUGAGCUGAAGCACACCCUGGUAGGUCAUGGGCAAGCAGUGUUCUGUGUUGACAUGGAUGAGGAGUGUACUAUGGUGAUAUCAGGAUCAGCUGAUAAGAGCGUGAGAAUCUGGAGUGUAGAGACAGGCCGUCACACACGAGUCAUCCGCAUCAGCCAAACGACAUCCGUCAUGGCUCUGAACUAUCAUCAGGGAUACUUUGUCUGUUCAGUUGGAGAGAUUGUAUCGCUAUGGCGACUGGAUACUGCCACGUGUGUGAAGACAUUUGAGGAGCAUGAGAAAAGAGUUGAGACUCUGAGUCUACGAAUCAGUAAGACAACCUACCCUGACAAACCGCAGGGUCUACUGGUCAGUGCUGGUCAAGAUGGAAUGGUCAAAUACUGGGACCUAGAAAAGGAUAGUAGUUGGCACUCGAUGAAGUCUAGGAAGGGCAGUCACAUUAGUAGCAUCUUCUGUGACAAGACCAAGAUCAUCGCAGCAUGCUCAGACUUCAGGAUCAGGAUCUGGAAUUUCCACACAUGACAGGUCA